UCAGACAACUGGGAGGGCAGGGGCAGCCAGACUGGAUUGGGAUGAGGCAGGAAAGUUCUCUCCCCAAGUCCCAGGACUUCAUUCUUCACUCAUUCUUCAUCUCACACUUCCUGAUGGAGUGCCAGGACACCCAGCGAUGGCAAGUAGGUUUUAUUUGAUGUGCCAAUUCCACCUGGUUGGUACCAGCUGUCUCAGGCAGUGCGUCCAGUAGGAUUCUGAUGCUAAACUGGGGUUCAGGGGAGAAAGUUCAGGAAUGAGCAUCACUGGCUGCCCAGGGACGAGGGAACACAAUACCAACUCCAGGCCGCCUACUUGCCACCCUUCAGCCAGGCACAGGCCACCUCUUUGCCACCCUUCAGCCAGGCACAGGCCACCUCUUUGCCACCCUUCAGCUGGGCACUGGAGAUAUACAGAGAUCAAGGAGACUGGGUGCCUGUCUUUAGAUCACAGGCUAGAAACAGCAUGACAAUAAACAGGCAGUGGAAUGGAUACUAUGAGCCUUGAGCCUAUUAAUUUAAAUGAAACAGACUCUCAAAUUGUUAAAUAAUAGAUGUAGCAAAGCCACAAGCUUUUUAUUGUUCCACCAUGCACAUGAGAGAGAAGAAAACUGCCAAUAAUUAUUUUCUGAUUGACAGAGAAGUUUUUACAAGUAUUUUGAGAAGACAGGGAUAUAUAUCUUGAGAAGACAGGGCUAUCAAUUAUAACAUUACCAGAGAAAUAAAUUUUCUAGUAAGACAACCGAUGAGAAUUAGAGGUGGGAGGUUGGAGGUUGUUUUUGCAGUUUGUGGCAAUUAUUUCUAAAGGCCCAGGAGUCUUAUAAGACUCCUUUGUUCAAACAACUCUUUGAAAGAUGUGUUUUCACAGAGAGUGCACCCAUUUGGUUACUGUUAUGAAUAUUCACACGUCUGAUAUUGCACAAGAGAACAAGAUGCAGUAUUCUUGGGAAAGAUCUCAAUUUCAGACCUUAUGAAAUCCCUUUUAACCAGUUUUAUGGAUGCAGAACAGCGCUCCUUCUUCCACAGCUGCAGGGGAGCGGCAACACAUCAGCUCUGUUUUUAGAUUUCUUUUGUUAAUUAUGAACACUUGCAGUUUUUAGGCCAGCCUCUGGCCUAAAAUUUCAUCUUGAAUUUCCUUUGAUUUUGCUGUCAGAAACAAAGAAAAGGCUAAGGGAGGUUUCUUCUAAGUAAGAGUAAAAAGUAAGAUGCCCAGAGCGGGUUUCUUCUCUGGGCCUGAUGGGCACACCAGGACAAAGCGGGAGUAGCCGGUGCUGAGGGACCCAGGCGCCCAGCACCGUGACCCUUCUCACUCCCAGGCCUCCCGUGGUGGUCUUGAGGAGGAGGCUGUGCAGGUCCCUCUGGAGUGGUCUGCCUUGGCUGGGAGGAUGAGAAAGAUGGGGUGGGCUGUUGGCAGGCACACAUGACAAAUAAGUGCGUGGCUGGCUGAUGAACUGUGACAGCCUGAGGUUCAGACAGGGCCCUCAGGGCACCCCUAGCCAUGUGCUGGGACUCCCUAAACUUCCUGGCUCUAGUCUAGGUGGACUGUGCAUGAGGGGACAUGAGCUCCCAACACCGGUCUUUCUUCCUCAGGCUCCUUACAAGAGCUGAACCCCACUACCAGGAGGAGCUUUGGGGUGCCAGGCAGCUCAGAGUACAAGGUGAAAAGGACCUGGCCCAGAGGGAAGAGAGGAGUGAGGCAGAACCUGAGACCCAGGAAAGAAAGCUCACUCCCAGGACCCCUGGGCCAGGGGACCUGCCCUCCCAAAACCUGCCUUCCCAAGAUGCCCUUGAAGAACUGGGCUGGAACCCGCACCUGGGCCAGGAGAGAGCAGAACUUCAAAGACCGCCAAGGAUGGACACCCCUCAGAGUCUGAGAGAGGAGGACCCUCAGGAUCAGAAAGCAGAGACCCCUCAGCAUAAGAGAGGGGAGGCCUCCCGGGGCGAGAUCAAAGAUGCUCCUCAGCGUCAGAGGGUGAAGACACAGAGGGGCCAGAGCCCAAGGGCUCCUCAGGGUCAGAGGGAGGAGGCCCCCCUGGGUGAGAACACGGGCGUUCCUCAGAGUCGAAGAGAAUUUAGUCCUAAGUGCCAGGGAAAGGCGAGUCCCCAGAGUCUGGGGAAGAUGCUGCGGUCUUGGGAAGGCAAUAUCUCACAAGCCUGGGAGGUGGCUCCCGGGGAGGCCACUGUACAGCUCCCAGAGGAAGGCGGCUCCCGGAGCCAUCAGAGGGACUCCUGCGGGUCCCUGAAAGCACAGACUCCAAAGCCUGUGGGCAGGGAGAGCCCAGACCUCCGGAGAAGGAGAAGGACUACCGCGAUGAUGCAGGGCAGGAUCAGAGGCGAGACACAAAAGUCGGCACCGGCGGUGGCAAAGCUAGGAGUCGCCCAGGAGGGGGCGUGGGCUGCGCUUCCCACCCCGAAGCCCCCGGCCCGGCAGCUGCUUCCAGGUCGCGGAGCCGGAGCUGUGAUGCCAGCGACCCUGCGCGCCAAGGGAUCCGGGCAGCAGGGGCUCCCCGGGGGUCUCCGGGGGCCUCCAGACCCGGAGCGCAAUCCGCACGGGCUGCAGGGCCCUGGAGUGGGCCCCGGCCCGGGAGAGCAGGAGGUGGGCCAGGCUCGGCUUCCGGGUGCCCUCCGGGGUCGGGGGGGCGGUCCUGAGCGUCCCAAGGCCUCGAAGGCCGCGUGGCCGGCGCCCCUAGGCAGGGCCAAGGCGCCUGCGGGCUUGAGCGUGGCACAGCAGGAGACGGCUCUGCAGCGGCUGCUGGAGCUGCACAGCGCAGCCAGGUGGCGGCGCCGGCGGGACCGUGAGCAGCAGCGGCUCCGGGUCCUGGAACGCCUCCACAUCGCCAGGAACCGCCACUGCCGGGUUCACCCCGUGGGGCUCCCGCCCUGCUCAACUCCCGCCACAGGAGGACGCGACUGGGCGGCGGCGCGCCCUGCGGGAGCAGCUGGAACAGAUGCAUCGGGAGAGGACCGGGCGGCUGCGGGCCCUCGGGGCCAGGUGAGGGGCGGGCAAGGAGGCGCGUGGCGUUGGCAGGAGUCCCCUUUCCCUGGCCUCCGAGAUGACAGGCCGCUCUCCCCGCAGGAACACUCAGAACUUCCUGGAACUACUGUGUUCCCCUGGUGCUGCGGAUCCCGUGCCUGCAGAGUAGUGCUCGCCCUUCCCAGCCCCCUCUGGUCAUUGCUAGCCCUAGGAAUCCGUCAGUGGAGUAGCCACUUUGUGGGAAGAAACGGAAAAUGCUUUGGAGGCAUGGGAGCUACCUGCAAAUACUGGGAGCUGGUUGGAGGCCAGGAUACAUACAGCAGCCAUCUGCCAUCAUUACCCCAGCUUCAGGAUCCUCUACCUGCCAGGAGGGGAGCCACCCUAGCCUGCUUGUCACAGGGACAGACUGUGAAGAGAUGGGACUUCCUUCUGUCUCCUGCUCCCCCCUUCUAGGGCUUGCCUCCUGCUUUUGUUAGAAAGUUAUUUCUCUGACUUUCCCUUUAGGGGCCUGGGGGAAAGGGAUGUUUGGGGGCAAAAUCUCAACUGAGUCAAUCCCCAACCAUCCACCUUUUCUGCAAGACACUUAAGCAGCUGGAGAAGGACACAGGGCCGAGGAGUCUCACUUGACAUUCAUGAG